UUGGAGAUGAAAAUUUGGUUGUAAAUAUUCGUGAAGGAAAUUUACAUUAUGAAAAACAAGUCCCUUCAAAUAAUGAAGUUGCAGAAACUUCGUCCACUCAACAAAAUCUUCCUGAAUAUAGUGAAAAUAGCUCAGAGGAGGAAGAUAAUGCUGGUGAUGUUAGUGACAUUAGUAAAGUUGACCUAACUACAACACAUUGGAUAAGUAUUCUACAAUUUGAACAAAUAGUAUCGCAUCAUACAUUAAUGAUGCCAAAUGAAUUAGAAAUAUCUGAUAGUAGUGAUCUAUUAUUUUUAGUUUGUAGUUUUAUUAAUGCUUUUAAUACAAACUUAGAUGAGGCUGUAAUUCCUGGAAGCACUGAAAAUAAAAUUCCAGGCUAUUGCAAAAUUCCACGAAAACCACACCCUGUAGAACAAGAAUGGAAAACUCUUGCUAAUGGUUUAACAAAUAUUAUUAUUCAAUUAGAACCUUGUAAAGACAAGGAAAUUGAAAAAAAUAAUGGUCAUACAGUAAUUGGUGAUAGUUGGUUCGGUUCACUUAAACUUUGUAUUGCAUUAAUGCAAAAUAGAUUGUAUAGUAUUUUUCAUAUAAAAAAAAAGCAUGGAUGGCCAAUCAAUUAUCCACAAGAUAUGGUUGAAAAACUUGAUAGUACUUACGGAUCUUGUGUAUCAAAAGUUACAACAAUUGAUGAUGUACAAUUAAUAGCAGCUUCUUUACGGGAUCAAAAACCUCAAUAUAUAAUUACAACAGCAUCUACAAUAGCAAAAGCUGAUGAGAUUGAACGUGUAGUUAAAAAUAAUACUGGCUCAACAACUAUUAAAUUUACAAGACCUAAAGUCUUUUAUGAAUACUCACAAGCUAAAGGGGCCAUGAAUAUUAAUAAUCAA